GCAGGACGCUCGGCCUGCGCGGCCACUCGGGCGUGCGCGCGCGAAGCGCGCCCGCCUCCCUUCUGCCGGCGGCGCUCGGGCGCGCUGGCGCGCCGCCGCCGCACAACGCCGCUCACGUGGCGCCCGCGGCGGCAGAGUCGCACAAGCGCGCCCGGAAGGCAUGCCUCCCGACGUGCGCCACGCGCGCGCCCCUCUGGCUGUCCGCCCAUAUCGAACCACCGAUCGCCCGCCAGCGCUGGCAAAAGGCGAUGUCCUCGUCGACUGGCGAUGAGGGCAACGGGGGAGGAAACGGAGGAGGACGAAACGCAGGAGGAGGACGAGAAGGGGGGGGGGAGGAAGAGGGGAGGAGGGGGAUAUGGACGAGGAGUUGCGAGUCGCGAGCUAUCCCACGUGGUGGUCGACGAAGGAACUAGGAGCGGCGCUGCUGCUCAGCCUUGCUCAGAAGCUUGGGCCGCUCACCCUCGGGCAAAUCUGCAGUAAUGCUCCUCCCUGUGAGGAGCAAUAUUGUUCGCACGCGGCUUGGAUAACUCUCUCAUCGGAGAGUGAGCGAAGUAUGAUGGACGGCGCGUACUGUGGCAAUGUGAUAAUCGGUGCGUCAGUGUUCCAAACCCACGGCCGAUGGUCAGUAGGCGGUGCUGCCGCCUGCACGCUACAGUCAGACAAGUGAAACCCAGGUGCUGAAAGAUUCCACGUGAAAGCACUGACAGACUCCGACACCACCUGCAUCGAUGGGAGCUCCACCCUACUGGGUCCUACCUCGGGCCGCGUUCCCAUAUCCACGACGGCGUGGCCAUGGGAGGCCGAACCAUGAGCAGCUCCCAGGGACGAACUGAGGCCAGCUCCUGCAGGCAUACUCUCGGCCACGACGGCGUGACUGGGAGUCUGCACUACAUCGGCGGCUCACAGAUGAGGGGCGCGAGCAACACUGGGGCCACUGGCAUGCUCCAGCUCGGGAUGAGCACAAAAUUGGGCACGCAGGCCCAUGGAUCUUCAAAUCAUCGAAUGAAUCCCGUGUAAACUUUGGCUCGGGCUCGCGGUCGGGCUUUGCCUCGACACCAGCACCGUGCAGCGACAUAACUAUAGGUAGAAAUAGGCCACAGGUUGCCAAAGAGCUCGAGGUAGGACUCCUGGCGAUUGGCAGCAGCUAAC